GACAUGGAGCGAGCGGCGAUGUUAUCUCUAUGGAUACCCUCUUCUCCACUCCCUUCUCUCCCGUGGAGUCGCGUUCGAGACGCCGUAGCAAUCGGACGUGUGUGUGUGGCGCUCAUAUAGCAAUAACGUACUGGGAGAACCUUGUCACGGAUUGUGGCGGGAGGAGGAGCUUUGAUUGAGUGUAAAAUCAAAGUAAGGCAGAAAGAAUGCUCCCGGUUUCCCCUAUCGGAAGGGGGAACGCAACUGAAACUGCGAUUAAGGACAAGAUGUCCACUAGAAGCGGGAACAAGAGUAAGGAACCAAAGAGACAGCAAUCUACAAUGAGUGGAAUAAAAGGAAAGAUUAAGCUGAUAAUGGAAGAUUUAAAAAGUGGAAAAAUUGAAGAGGAAAAGGCUAUGGAGGAUGUGGCGAUAGAGUUAGGAAACAUAGAAGAGGAAAUGAUGGACUCAGCAAGUGAAACAAAUUACAUAGUGAACAACGAGGAAGAUAAAAACGAGGAGAUGCAGGAAUGUCGGGAGAAUUCGGGCAGGGACAGGGACGAGUCGAAUGGAAGGCAACAAGCAGGAAACAACACAGAAAACAAUCGAGGAUCGACAAGCAAUCUGUGGAAAAUUAUGAUGUGCCAGUAGUUUGUAUGGCAGAGAGCAUGGUCCAACCUCCAAUAAAAGAACAGAGUGUCACAACUGAAUCAAAAAAUAUCUCAGAAUUGAAAGGAAAUCGAUUCUUUGGGAAUCGCUUAAUAACUAAAGCUCAAUUGAGCAAAUUAAACGAUUCCUCAUUGUCUAAAAUGGCAUGCGACUUGUUGGGGAUAGUUUUUGACAAAAAGGAGCUUCGCGAGAGCUCACCGGCAAGCAAGCACUUAUCAACAAAAAUAAACACGGAAAUCAAGCGGAAAUCAAGCAAUUGGAUACUGCUAGAUGUGGAAGAAUAUGUCUACCAAAAAUUCGGGAGGUCGACGGAUAAUAUCAGAUUGUUUCGUACCGCUGUACGAAACAAGUGUAAUAACGCAAAGAAACGAAUACGUGUUUUAUCGACAGAAAAAUAAAAAAUAAAUUAAAUAAAGACUAAAAAAAAAUGUUUUUGGUAGC